UGAAGUCCUGGGGGCUUAUAAUAACUGUUCUGGGAAUAGUUUAAUUUUAACCAGGGGUUAAAAUGGGAAAGAGUGGAAGCAAGAUCAACGCAAAGGGACCUGCUUCUCAGAUGGAAAAUAUUUAAGGGCCCAGGGUCCUAAAACAUUUAAAGCAAUGGAAACAAUGGGGAUUUCCUGUUAAUGGAAGUCUUAAGAAACAAGACUUAACUGAUCUUAAAGAAAAAAUUUAAGAGAAGGCGGGUGGUAAAGAAAGUAAAUUAAAGAAAUAUGGGAUUGAGGAAUGGAAAGUGUGGAAUAGAGAGAUGUUAAAAAGAGUGGAUGUGAUGAGGGAUAGAGAAAGCAGAGGUAAAAAGAAAACGAAGGAAGGUACUGGACCAAUUCACUCCCCUGAGUCUAUUUGUUUUUCAGAUAAACACUGCGAUGAUGAAUUAGUGACCUCCCGAGGACGAAGGCCACCCCCUCAUGCACCUCCUGCUGGCUCUGGUGUCAACUACCGACCGAAGGUACCUCCACCACCCUACGGAGACCCUGCCGAGACCACUGGAGAUGGAAAUGAGACCCAGGGAGCUGCGGCCGAAGCCUUGGACGUCCUCACCCAAGUCCACUACCCUCAGAUUUCCCCUCCCAGGAAAACAACUUACCAUUUUGCCACUGAACUGAUCAACAGUCCUACUGUAUUGAAUCUGAAGGAAGCUAUCCUCACUCCCGAAGUGGUGCACAAGUCAGUGCGCCUCCCUCCACCUGAACCUGUUCCCUCUAGCAUGACCUGCCAGGUCAUGCCCAUGAUUGAAGUGCCUAACCCAAAUGUAGGGGAAGGUCAACCUGCUACCAUGUAUGUCUAUAGGCCAUGGACAUUCAGGGACAUUAAAGAAGUAAUGGCCGGUGUAAAACAUCCAAGAAACAUUGGGGGACCCGAAUUUGUCAGAGAUGUGACAUAUUUGGUCCAACAGUACCGACCAAACGGCCCUGAGCUUCUUCGACUUCUCCAGUACAAACUGGGACUGGAAAUGGGAGAUGUCCAGGGUGACUGUAACCCCUUAACUGCCGAAGGGACACAUCGUAUGUUUGACUGGACUAAUGGCAGUGAAUACAGAGUGGCAGUGGAGGCCCUGUUGGGCCGUUUUUCAACACACUACACCCGGCGAAUGGACUGGGCCGUCAUUACAAACUGCACCCAAGGAAAAGACGAAACAUGUGAGGUCAUGCCCAUGACUGAAGUGCCUAACCCAAAUGUAGGGGAAGGUCAACCUGCUACCAUGUAUGUCUAUAGGCUUUGGACAUUCAGGGACAUUAAAGAAGUAAUGGCCGGUAUAAAACAUCCAAGAGACAUUGGGGGAUCUGAAUUUGUCAGAGAUUUGACAUCAUUGGUCCAACAGUACCGACCAACCGGCCCCGAGCUUCUUUGACUUCUCCAGUACAAACUGGUCCAGGAAAUGGGAGAGGUCCAGGGUAACUUUAACCCCUUAACUGCCGAAGGGACACAUCGUAUGUUUGACUGGACUAAUGGCAGUGAAUACAGAGUGGAAGCCAAGGCCCUGUUGGGCCGUGUUUCAACACACUACACCCGGCGAAUGGACUGGGCCGCCAUCACAGACUGCACCUAAGGAAAAGACGAAACAUGUGAGCAAUACCACCACAGACUGUUCCCCAUUUUUCAGCACAACUCAGGCAUGAAUUUGCCUGCAGGACAGGCCUUUGGUGGGGCCAGCGAUACACCUUUUGAACAACAAUAUAAGCAUGUGUACAUCAAAGGACUGAGAUCAAAUGUGCACAGACUGCUGAAAACCAUCUGCAUCACAUGGGACAACUGCAGGUUUUCUGUAGUAAAAGAACAUAUGGUGCACGCCGAAAGGACAUUGAAAGACAGAGAAGAGGAGAGGGCCAGGAGGAUGGACAAGGACAAAAAGAAGAACA